AUGAACAAAAUAUUUUGGCGUUUUUCUAUUGUAAUUACCUCUUUGAUUAUUGCGGCGGGCUUUAUGUUUGUUCUUUUGAGCUAUACAAUUUUCAAUGUUAAAAUUUAUCCGACUAUAAAAGGAGGAAGCCCCGUUUCAAAACUCCCGUCUAUUGAUAAAACUAUAACAGAUUUAAUCGCUCAAUCAUCACCACCAUCAGUUAUAUCGAAUGCUAAUCAAACUCUUUCGGUGAAUCCUUUGAAAAAAGCUAUAGAAUGCAGAGACGUGACAUGUGCAUUCAAGGAUUUUGAUUUUUCUUUUAUAAAUAACAAUCCAAAAUAUGAAUUUUCCCAAAAUAUUUUUUUAAAUAGAAAAAAUGGCUUUGUUUUUAAUUUUCUAAAUAAUAUUAACAGCAGUAGUAAUAAUAAGAAUGCAUUAUCAAUCCCAAUAGCAGCAACAAUAAAGCUAUUGAAUCAGUGGAAAGCUUGUCGAAUUGAUAAUGCUAUAAGAAUUGGUAAUGCUUAUUCGGCGUAUAACAAUAUGAUACAGGAAAACAUCAAACCAGAUGUUUAUACUUAUUUAUCAUUGAUAAUUGGAUGUGCGAGUAAAUUAGAUUUAGAUCUUGCUUUAACAACAACAGACAAUUUGAAAUUAUCAAUCAAAUCGUCAACUAAAAUUGAUUUAGAUCUUAAAUUAAAUAAUUACGAAGUUGCUUUAAUGAAAUCACAAGAUGUAUGUAAACUUCCAUUGGAUAAUGAAUCCUUCAAUGGAACUAUAGAAUGGUUAUGUAGCUAUAAAAAACCCCCAAAAACUAUUAUAAAGAUUAUUAAAAAAUUCCAUGAAAAUGGAGUCAAUCCUACGAUAAAAAAUUAUUAA